AUGGACGAGUUACUGGCGACUGAGCUCUCAGCUGAUACUUUGGCAGCGUUGCAGGCGCAUCUGCUGGAACGUUCUCAAGAAGACGACGUUUCGGUACCGGAGGAUUAUCGGCUAUCACAAUUCUGGUACGAUGAGAAGACUGGUCGAGCACUGGCACAGGAGGCGAUCGACCAUAGUACCCAUGAGUGCAAGAUUGCAUUUGUGAGUACGCCAGCGGCAUACCGUGACUUCCUAAAGAUCCAGAGCGAGGAGUCGGACGAAGCCAAGCGCGCCAUUAUGGUCGACAACGUCUACAUCUUCGAGUUUGACCGGCGAUUUGGUGAGAAAUACGGCAGUCAAUUCUGCUUUUACGACUACAACGCGCCAAUCGACUUGCCCGAGAGAUUUCACCACUUCUUCGACUAUGUGCUCAUGGAGCCGCCCCACCUGAGUCUCGACUGUUUAAUUAAGUUCUCGGACACGAUGCGGUGGCUCGCCAAGGACGUUGAGCUGGUGCCCGGUACAAAGGACCGCGUGUUUAACCCAUCCACGUUCAUUAACUCCCAAUUGCUGCGGAAGGAGAUGAAGGCCGAGUUAGGCUUUGUCCCCACGGGCUUCUACCCGACUUUUGAGUCGAAACUGAGCAACCAUCUUUUUACAUACACCAACUACGAGUCGAAGCGUUUUGGUCCGUGGAACGCGCUUGACGAGGACGAGGAGGCAGAAAACGACAAGUAG